AUGACAAAAAAUCCUACGUUUGCUUUAUAUAUGCUCAUAUUAACUGACAUAGGCCUGAAAGGUACUUGUAUACAAUGCUAUCAAUGCAACUCGUUAACAGACGACGUCCGAGGUUGCAGUGUUUCGCCGCCAAAUCUUGUUUACCUUAAGAACUGUUCUUUGGUCCACAAGCCAAGCAAUGAAAGAUUCAGGGAGGAAGAGAUAUGGUGCCGUAAAAUCAGAAAUUAUAGAAUGCCAAGCAAGCCAUGGCACAAACGUUCCGUAGUGCGCGAGUGCGCAUACAAACAUUGGGACGAUGAAAUUUGCUACAAGGGCACCUGGCAAAUAAUCUGCGAAUGUAACGGAAGCGGAUGCAAUGGGGCCACCACCCAGGCGCCAAUUAAUACUUUUUCAAUAAUCGCACUUGCGUUAAGCCAAUUGUUAUGGACAACAUCGAUUUCUAUUUAA